AUGAAAAUCAACAACUUGUUAGUGGCACUAUUCCUGUCGAUGAGAUUGAUUUCACCAAUUUUUUCAAUAAAAGAUAAUGCAAUAGACCUUGUUACAGCUACCGAGGAGAUGCAAAAAGCAAAUUACUUCACAUUUGUUAUGCUAAUAAAAAUGUCUCCACCUGACACAAGACUUGAAGGAAAUGUAACAUUCUUGAUGCCUAAUGAUCGAAUGCUCGCCAACAUGACACUUGAAGAAGGUUCUGUUCCUGACUUUUUGUUGAGACAUUCAAUCCCAUCACCUUUACUAUUUGACACAUUGAAACAAUUCCCUACUGGAACAACUGUUCCCAGCUUAUUGCCAAAUUGCAUGUUGAGAGUAUCUAACAAUGGUAGAAGGAAUUUUGUUGUCAACAAUGUGAAAAUUAUUAGCCCAAAUAUAUGUGUGGCUGGAUCUUCGAUUCGAUGUCAUGGUAUAGACGGGGUUUUGACACAAUCAUGUGCAUUGGGAAAUAAUUAUAGUCUUCCUAUACUUCCAUCUCCAUGUUCUAAUGAUACCACAAACAUUUCUUGCAAUGCAUCUCCUUUUUCACCUUCUAUUGGAGACAAACUUAAUCCUCCAAUAUGGAUUGCUCCAACUCCAACAAUUACAAAUAUUGAACCACACCAUAAAUCAGCCUCUCCACGUUGGUUUUUUUAUGAUGCAUAUUUUAUAUGUCUAGCAUGCUUCAUGUUGUCUCUCAUAGGAAUGUAUUUCUAA